CCCCCCCCCCCCCCCCCCGAGUCCCCAUGCCCGCAUCCCCAAACACCGCCCGACGAUCUGCUGUUCUGCUAGGUAUUCCUUCUGGCCUACAUUACAGACACACGCACACUGCGCUACCCCGCGUCAGCGCUCUUGCGAAUCACGUUGCUUGCCUGAGGUGGUCAGGCCUGUGGCAAAUGGCCUCCAGGACCACGCAAUCCCGACUUGUUCGGGCGCGUGGCCAACUUAGAGCUUGACAGUUACGUUCCUUGGGUUGCUAUUUCAUCUGUAUUUUUAUCCUCUUGCAAAGCUGCAACCACACUGUUUCGCUCCCUUCUACCUCACCGUUUCUCGCCUUCUCGUUCCCUAUAACCGUGUCUGCUUCGACGCUUGACGAUGCCUGGUGUUAACAACGGCGCCCUGGCUUCAGCCGGCAUUAUUGCUGUAUCUGUUGCCGUUGCAGCUGCUAUUGCCAUCUACGAAUCGCCGGAACUUCAGCGAUACGCCAACGAUGUUCGGAGACGCAUCGCCAUGGCCCUACACUCUUUGGGCGAGGGCUUCGAGCCUAACGACCGCCCGCCAAUGUUCAACCGACCCGAGGACGCACAGGGCUUCCUAGAGUCCCGUGGAGGGGCUGACGCCGGAGUUGACGCCGACGACGAGACCCGCCGCCGCCAACGCGAGGAGAUUUUGUAUUGGAAUGCCGUGGCCUUGGCCAAGAAGGAAAAGGAGAGAAUUGAAGCCGAAGAAUCCGGAUCGCGGGAGCUGCCGCCACCAGGCCCAACGCGGGGCAGGUCUUUCGACGACUUUUUGCACGAGGACAAGAGUGGCGAGAAGGGAUCUUUCGUUUUCAAUACGGGCGCAAACACCUACAAUGACGAGGGCCUUGUCCGACGCCGUGCGGAGGGUGUCCGCGGCCUCAACGCCUCGCUUUAUGCCAACCCUUUUGCCGACGAGCACCAGAUCGAUCAGGAAGAAUUGCCAGUCAUGGAGGAGCCCAGCUCCCUAUCCCCCGGCCACGACGAGGCCGUGUCAGACAUUUACAGCGCCACCACCCGCGACGCCGACGAACGCCCCCGAGACAUUGCCGCCACCAUUGCCCAAAUGCCCCCUCUGGUCGACGUUUCUGAGACUUCAUCCCAGUCCGAAAAGUCCACGACUCUCGACCGCGAGCUCGGCGCUGACGAGUACAUGACUGCUGGCCAAGAGAACCGCGAAGAAGCCUAUGCCUCCAUCCAGGCCUGGGCACAAGGGUCCAGCCCCUCCAACUUUUACUCACCGCUUCCCAUGUCGCCUCCCGUACCCAUGUCCGAGCCCGAGCUCGUCAGCGAAGGCGAACUCACACCCACCGACUCAGCAUCCCUCGCUGGCUCUGGCGAGGAUCUCGCCAACGAUGCCGCUUCGUCCAGAGCCGGUGACAACAGCCGUUACUAUGACGUACUAAGUGAGAGCGAGGGUAUGAUGACUCCCGCCAGCUGGUCCGAGGUUGGAAGUGUUGUCAGUGAGAGUGAGACUCGCAGCGAAACUGCACCCGCUCGUGUUCACGCAUAAACGUGGUUUGUCUUUCUUUUGUUUUGGUAUAACACGAUCGACUAGGUCAACCCGCUCAAGCACGGCGACGGUAAUAGUAAGGAAUGGCGCAAAAGGAUCAACAGGACUGGGAAACAGGGCACUCAUAGAUUUUGGGCGGUUAGGCACAUGAUUUGAAGUCAAACUU